GAGUUCUCUCUCCAAUUUCCGCAGUUGAAUUUGAUUUUCGGAAUGGACGAUUCGGAGCGAAGUUGAGAAGACGAUCGCGACGUUGUUCGCGCUUCCCAGGAAUCUCGAACGAGAGGUCUUCAAAUGCCGGGCUUGAUUGUUGGCUUCUCCGCCAGUUCGUGACGCGAUCCGGUGGGAAUUUGGACCUUUGCUUCGCGCCAGCAUGAUCGAGCCUUCGAAGCUUCUCCGUUCUCUGUCGCGCUUGCGCAUCGUGAUUACACGUGAGGACGCCUUGUGGUUGUUUCGCGAGCGAUUGGAGCUGCUUCUGUGGUCGUGCCGAGCACCAACUGCUACGCGCUCGAUAAUUCCAGCCACCUCGUUGAUUUCAGUAGCUGGAUUGGCCAUGAAUUUGAAUACGAUGGGAAGAUGGGGGAAGCGGACUUGGCAGUCAGGUUCUGCAAAGAUGUGGAGACUCGGUCCAAUUUGGGCUUUGUGGAUUUUGGCCGAUUUGAUAAGUUCAAUUACUUUACUGCUGGUUCGGGAGACGUCAAUUUUGUUCAACGCUUUUACAAUGGUGACCUGAGAAAUUGUGAAAAGAGCUAUGACAAAUUGGGACGGACAGCUCAGGUGAACAUAAUUUGCGGGAGUUGUUCAAAAAGCAAAUGCAAAGGUCAACUUGGAUGCAUAUGCGAUGUUACCUACGAGUCUCCGUGCAGAGUUCUUGUAGAACUUGCCAUGCCAUGCGAGAAACAGGGUCCUAGGGUGUUUGAGGGCUUUACUAUUGGUUUUCAUCCGCGGUCCUGGGAAAUUGUUUAUAAUGGCCUGACUCAGCCUGGUUUUGAGAAAUCUUACCCUGAUUUCAGUUUUAGGACAGAGCAGGCCCAUGUAGCCCUUUACAUGACUGCUAUCAGUUCCCACUCCAAUUUGGUGCAAAAACCUAUUGUCAAGGUUUUCCCAGAGAAAGGAUUGGAUGUCAAGUUAUCUGGAUCGGCAAUGACAGGCAGACAUCCCACAACUUUGUCUCCAACAACUCUAGUUUUGGACUGGAGAUGUGAGACACCCCGUGAUUCUCCUUACGAAGUUGGGAUCACAUUACCUGUGGAUGGUUAUGAACCUGUUCAUUUUACGCUUUCCAAAAUAUGUGAACAUAGGGAGGACAAAGGAGGAGAUGCUGUACAAGGAUGGGCUGUAUUUGGGAUUCUGUCUUGCAUAUGCAUUAUUUUAUCAACUUUCCUCUGCGUCGGAGGGCUUGUAUACAAGAUACAAGUGGAACGUCAGGGUGGGCUUGAUGCAUUACCUGGUAUAACCAUUCUAUCUGCUUGCCUGGAAACUGUGAGCGGUGGGAGGAGCGGCUAUUCGCGAGCUGAGGAAAUAAACAGUGCCUUCGCUAGUCAAGCCUCUUGGGAACAAGCACCAGAUUAUGCAGCAAAGAAAUCAAGUGGAAGGACAUACGGUUCGAUUUAACUGCAUGUACUGGGUCCGCGGAUUUGUACAUUGUGUGACCUGUUCUCUUAGGAACACAAAGGUAAAGCUUUGUCGUCACCUUUUCUCAUCACAGAACUCAAGCAUUAUGCCUUAAAGUUUGCAUCUCAAGUUAGUUCAAACUUUCUAUCUCUUCCAUUCCAUGUUCGUCGUAUUCAAAUGAUGCUCUUCCUGUAACAACAAGAUGCUAUGCUCUCCAAAUAAGAAGUUUAUGUGAUGGAUACACCAUUUGAAGUGA